AUGACAGCCACAGUUCUGGAUGAAGACUUUGAUAACUAUUCGUACAUAGCUGGAAUAGAUUUUGGGACCACAUUUUCGGGAUGCUCUUGUGUAUACACCAAAGACAGUACUGACGAGAUAUUUGACAUAACUGACUGGCCAAAUCGAGGCGGCUACAUUUAUCCCAAGGUUCCUACAGUGUUACUUUAUGAACAAAACAGCAAAAGGGUCCUUGCAUGGGGGAAUGAUGCUAUUUGGAGAGCAAAGCGUCCAAAUUGCACAGCUGUUUUGAUCGACAAUUUCAAGUUACUUUUAGAUCAUAGUCAGAAGCAUAGCACACUUCCAAAUGGCUUGACUGUUAUUGAAGUAAUCUCUGACUAUCUUCGUGAAUUCAAGUUAUAUAUACAUACUUAUUUUGAAAGUAAACUCGGUGCAGUAUAUGAUGCCUCAAAAUUCAGAUAUUGUCUCACGGUUCCAGCCAUAUGGGAUGAUGAAGCCAAAGCUAUCAUGAGAGAGGCGGCUAUCCUUGCCGGAAUUAUUAACCGUAGAGAUCAUCCAGACCGACUGAUACUUACUAGCGAGCCAGAAGCAGCGUCCUUAUAUUGCGAAAAGAAACUGGGUCAAUUCAAUCUUACCCAUGGGCAACGUUUUAUGAUCUGUGAUGCUGGCGGUGGCACUGUAGAUUUGAUUGUAUUCGAAAUCGAUGCUUCUUCGGGCCCAAAAUUUCUUCGUGAAGUUACAAAAGGCUCAGGAAGUACAUGUGGGUCGACUUUCUUGGACAAAAAUAUGCGAGACCUAAUGAAGAAACGAUUUGGCAAUUAUGCUGACAGCAGCAAAGAUGUUAUAGAUAACUUGCUCGAGCAUUUUGUUAGUUCAACAAAGCCUCAAUUCGAUAACGAAGAUGAUGAGUUCUUUAUUCUGCCAAUCUCAUUAAACCCAACAGAGAUUAUGCUAUCGGAUAUCGGGAUAGUUGAUGGGAGGAUUCAAGUCACAGUUGAUGAGCUCCGUGAGGAUGUGUUUAAGCCAGUUGUAAAACAGGUUUUGGACUUGAUAUCUGAUCAGAUAGAUCAAUCUCAAGCACACAUUGAUGCUAUAUUUCUUGUCGGUGGAUUUGGUCAAUCGAGGUAUCUGGAAAAAUGUGUAAAAGACACGUUUAAAACCAAAGUUGGAUCGAUAUAUAUACCAAGUCGUGGUGAAUUAGCUGUUGUUCGUGGUGCAGUCAUAUCUGGAGUGGACCCCAACAAGAUCACGCACAGAAUAUUACGGCGUACAUAUGGGAUCUGUGUCGAUUCUAUAUUCGAUCCUUUCAAAGACCCACACGAAAAAAGAUAUGUAGACCAUGAUGGUGUCCCACGCUGUAAAGAUUGCUUUAGUAUAUUUGCCAGAAAGGGAGAAGUCAUGCCUAUAAACAAAUGUGUUUCGAAAACCUACUUCAUAUUCUAUCCUAGUGUCAUUGGGCUGGACUUGUUUGUUUAUGAUUUCGAUGGAAGUUCUCCAAGAUAUACCACUGAUGUAGGUGUUCGCAAGGCAGUCAGGUCUUCUGGUGAGGCCCCUAUUUUUCCCGGUGUUGAGCAAGGGGAGAAAGUAUACUUUACAACAAACAUGUACUUUGGAAGGACUGAGAUCAUGAUUGAGAUUUUAAUCAAGGACAAAAAAAUUAUUCAUACUUCAGAUUUUGUAUCUCAUGAACUUGAGAAACUCAUUGGUUGA